AUGUUUUCUGCAAUAUCUCCUCCGGUUACAUCUCUGCUCCACCCAAAAGCUUGUAAAUUUGGAAAAUUGGAUUCGAAGAGGUUCUUCUCUGUGCGUGCUUCGUCGUUGCCUGUUUCUGAUAACAAGCUUAAAGUUGAAUACACACCAUGGCUUAUAGUUGGACUUGGUAAUCCUGGAACUAAGUAUUACGGAACAAGACAUAAUAUUGGUUUUGAGAUGAUUGAUCAUAUAGCUCGAGCAACUGACAUUUCCAUGAACUCAAUACAGUCCAAGGCUUUAGUCGGGAUAGGUGUUGUUGGGGAGGUACCCAUUUUGUUGGUUAAACCUCAAGCAUACAUGAAUUUCAGUGGUGAAUCGGUUGGACCGUUAGCCGCUUAUUAUCAAGUACCCUUACGCCACAUUUUGAUGAUAUAUGAUGACAUGGGUUUGCCUAAUGGUGUCUUGAGGCUGCAACCAAGAGGAGGACAUAGCCACCACAAUGGAUUGAAGAAUGUGACAGAACAUUUAAAUGGUUGUCGCGGCUAUCCCCGCUUAUCAAUCGGAAUUGGAAAUCCACCAGGUAACAUGGACCUGAAAGCGUUUCUUCUCCAAAAAUUCAGCCCCUUGGAGCGUAAACAGAUCGAUGCGGGAAUGGAACAAGGUGUUGAAGCCGUGAGGACACUCGUUGAAGAUGGAUUCAAUGACACAAUAUCUAGAUUCAAUUUGGGACAGAAAUACAAGUUCCACACAGUUUGA